CUAUAUAUUUCAAUUAUUAUUAUUAAACAAUCGCAUUGGCCAUGCUGUUUCACCAUAUAUAUAGUGACCAAUAAGUGAGACUUAUUGCUAACACACAGUACUCAAUCUCAUUUGUCCUUGGAAAUCUCAAAAAUGGGGAAUCUAGUCUCUUCUGGCAAGAAAGAAACUCUUCCCAUUGACACCACAUUUAAGCUUCCAGCAAAUAUACCAGUUUGGCCACAAGGUGAUGGAUUUGCUAGUGGAAUCAUUGAUCUAGGUGAUGUGAAAGUGUCUCAAAUUUCAACAUUUAAAAAAGUCUGGACAACCUUAGAAGGAGGACCAGAUAAUGCAGGGGCUACUUUCUUUGAGCCAACAGAAUUACCUGAAGGAUUCUUCACACUAGGCUUCUACAGCCAACCCAACAACAAACCUCUUUUUGGAUCUGUUCUGGUGGCAAAAGAUGAUUCUCCAUCUGAUAAUGAAGCUUUAAAGAAACCAGUUGAUUACACACUGGUAUGGAGCAGCAAUUCCAAAAAGAUCAAGCAAGACAAGGAUGGUUAUGUUUGGUUACCAACAGCACCUGAUGGCUAUAAAUCCUUAGGCCAUGUUGUCACCACCACAGCAGAGAAGCCUUCCCUUGACAGAAUCAGGUGUGUCAGGUCAGAUCUCACAGACCAAUGUGAGACAAACUCAUGGAUUUGGGGACCAAGCAAGAAAAUUGAUGACAAAGGUUUCAAUGUCUAUGAUGUAAGACCAAGCAACAGAGGUACUCAAGCUCCUAGUGUUCUUGUAGGAACUUUUUUAGCCCAUGUUGGUAGCAAUAACCCUCUCCCAAUUGCUUGUUUGAAAAACACAAACAUGAAUUUCUCCUCCUCCAUGCCUAACAUAGACCAAAUUCAAGCAUUGGCCCAAGCUUACUCUCCAUUCAUGUACUUGCAUCCUGAUGAAAAAUACCAACCUGCUUCUACUAAAUGGUAUUUCACAAAUGGGGCAUUGCUUUAUAAGAAAGGGGAAGAAUCCAAACCAGUGCCAAUAGACCCUACAGGCUCUAACCUUCCUCAGGAUAGCAACAAUGAUGGUGCCUAUUGGCUGGACCUUCCAGCAGACGAAUCCAACAGAGAGAAGGUCAAGAAAGGAGAUUUCAAAAACUCCCAAGCUUACAUUCAUGUGAAACCCAUGUUUGGUGGAACAUUCACUGAUCUAGCCAUGUGGAUUUUCUAUCCAUUCAAUGGUCCUGGAACAUUGAAACUUGGCCUAAUAGAUAAAAUCCCACUGGGGAAAAUUGGUGAACACGUGGGGGACUGGGAACAUGUGACAUUGAGGGUCAGCAAUUUCAAUGGAGAGUUGAAGAAAGUUUUUUUCUCACAACACAGUAAUGGUCAAUGGGUGGAUUCCUCUGAGGUUGAGUUCCAAAAUGGGAACAAACCAGUUGUUUAUUGCUCAUUGAAUGGGCAUGCUUUGUACCCAAAAGCUGGACUUGUUCUACAAGGGACUAGUAGUGUAGGAAUAAGGAAUGAAACUGCUAAGAGUAACAUGGUGGUGGAUUUGGGAGUGAAUUGUGAAAUUGUUUCAGGGGAGUAUUUGGGAUCAGUGAUCACUGAGCCACCAUGGUUGAACUAUUUCAGGCAUUGGGGACCAAACAUUAGCUAUGACAUUGCUGAAGAGUUUAACAAGUUGGAGAAGGUGGUUCCUGCUUUGAAAGCUGUUGAAAAUGGCUUGCCUAAUGAGCUGUUGGGAGAGGAAGGACCCACUGGGCCAAAGCUCAAAAGAAAUUGGAAUGGUGAUGAGGUUUGAAUGGCUUGGUGGCAUUAUUCAGACCAAGGAAAAACAAAAUUAUGGUUGGUUGGUUGGUUGUAUUGUAUUCAUUAUUGGUUGACAAAACAGAAAUAGUAUCCAUGUAACUUCAACUUCAAGGUUCACAUAGAAACAUGUGUUAUGUAGCAAUAUCCGACAAUGUUGUAUCUUUGUGUUCAGACAUAUUUAUUCUGUAAUUUCUCUGAAAUACUUUUUUACUAGUGAUGAAUGAAUUCCAGAAAUAAAGAAGAACAGUAAGAAGAUGA